GACGUCGGGCCCCGUUCCAAUUCGUAGCUGAGACACCUCUGUGCGGAUACAACGCAGAGUAGUUAUGGAGGAGCGGAAGCUAAAGAGAAAGAGUCCCAGGACCUCCACCAACACCGCGGGCCCAGCCGGUGGCUCUGGCCGGAAGAGCAACGCUUCCACCGGGGGACGGCACGUCGGCUCCAGCCAAAAGAGCAAAACUAGGAGGGGUGUAAGAGACAAACCCAGGCAGAAUCUGGGUUUGGGUGGUAGAUCUACUCAGAACCAGGGCCAGGCAGCACCCAUCAUCCAGCACUCCUUUCUGACAGAUGUUUCAGAUGUACAGGAGAUGGAGAACGGCCUGCUCAGCCUCCUCAAUGACUUCCACUCAGGGAAACUACAAGCAUUUGGCAACGAGUGCUCCAUUGACCAGAUGGAGCAUGUGAGAGAGAUGCAGGAGAAGCUGGCACGUUUGCACUUUGACCUCUACAGCGAGGUGGACGAAAUGCCUGAAGACCAGAGGAAAGUAGGCUGCGACACCAACAUGGACAAAUUACUUCUUAAUCUUGAGGAGCUGAGUUCUUCAAUUCAGAAACUGAAUCUAGCCGACUCCCAAGAGAUCCCCAGGACUGCCAGUAUGUGAUUUCACCUGACCCCGACCCAUGUCCCCUAGAGGGGCCGCAGCAGAUAAGGUGGAGUUGAAAACAAGCUCCAGGCACUUUUUCCUCUUUAAGUAUUGUGGCGACAAAGCUGUUCACCAGCGUUCCCUGUCUGUACAGCAGGAUGGAUGUAUUGUAAGAUGUCACAACAGGGAUGCACUAGCAGCCUUAUUUUUCACUGCCUGCAGUAAAUACGAUGACUAAUAUCAAGUAGAAAAUAGUUAGAAUCAAAUCUGAUCAAACAGCAGGAUGACAGUAAUUAACCUCCUGAGAUAUGAUUGAAUUUCUUAUAAUGAAUCAGUGUUUUCUCUUUUCUUUCAGAGGCAGAGUUGUAUAGAGGGAGUAAGGUCCAUCAUAUUUUAAGCUACUGUCUGACCUACAGUACAGUACAAUAUACUUUACAUAUUGGCAUUGGUGCAUCCCUGUCAUGGCCUGUUUAAAGUCAACUUGUCGUCGGUUCACUCAUCUCUAAAUGGUUUAGAUUUUUUGCAGUACACUGCUAACCGAAGUGAUGUUGAUAUAAAGCACUCACCUUGUUUUAUCCAGCAGUUGAUUAAUUCACAAGUCCUUCAAAUGACAUCUUCAGUGUUUGUUUAUCAGCUUUGUUUUAGGUGAACUGACUGCGAGCUUGCUCCUUUAGCUAUUCUCAGAUAUAUAUAUAUAUAUAAACUCACUCUGUUGCACUUUGUCUUAAUUGUUGUCAAUAAGUGUCUGUAAAGCCACAAAGUAAAGAACCAGAGCUAAACUAAUCAAAAUAUAGAUGCAGAAAUUAUGCAACUGGAACUGUUUCUCAACAUAUAGCUUUAAACCCAAUCAUAUAUUUUAGAGACGAUAAAAAUGUUUCUUGGUGAGAUUAAAUUAUAGUAAAAUCUGAAAAUAACAUUUAAACAAUAGAAGCUGCAGUGAUCCCAGCUUGUGAUCUGCAUAUGACUUCUUGCUUCAUGUGAGCGGCCUGAUAUCAGCUCCAACACCUCGUUCAGUGUUGAACAUAUUUGCACAUAUCUUGCAACAUGCAAAACACACAUCAUCACUAUUGUGUCGGGUUGACCCUGGAAAAUAAUUAAUUAUCCAAAUGUUGACCCUACAACCAAGCCUUAAGUAUUUUGAUUUAAUCAUUUUUGCCUUAUUGGUUCUAACCUUUUGAAUUAACUUGCACAGAGCAGGUUGUGGGUUUUAAGAUAAUAUAUGAUCAUUUGAUGCUGCUUUUAAUGUAAAUCCUACUUUUAUUUUAUCACUUCUUUUAAUAACCAGUGUUGUUGGGGGGAUUAUUUUUGAAGUGUUUUACUAUUUUAAAUGUUUGGUGGUUGUAUUUUUAUUGACCUAAUAAAUGUGUUGUCUGA